AUGGGUGGGGUGUGGGAUGAGGGUGGGACUUCAACCAAGCCCUCUAAUCCCCCAGAGCCUGCCAGGCUGGAAUUCUCCAGAGACAAGAAGGAGAAGAAGCAGAGGCUGCUGGCCCAGGCUGAGAAGGCUGCUGGCAAAGGAAACACCCCCACCAAGAGACUCCCUGUCCUCUGUGCCGGGGUGAAUACAGUCAUCACCCUCGUGGAGAACAAGAAGGUCCAACUGGUGGUGAAUGCACAUGACGUGGACCCCAUAGACCCGGUGGUCUUCCUGCCGACCUUGUGUCGUAAGAUGUGUGUUCCCUACUGCAUCAUCAAGGGCAAGGCCAGGCUGGGCCGGCUUGUCCAUCGGAAGACCAGCACCGCUGUUGCCUUCACUCAGGUGAACCCAGAAGGUAAAGAUGCUCAGGCGAAGCUGGUAGAAGCCAAUUACAACGACAGAUAUGAUGAGAUCUCCUGCCACUGGGGAGUCAACGUCCUGGGGCCCAAGUCAGUGGCCUGCAUCGCCAAGCCGGAGAAGGCCAAGGCCAAAGAACUCGCCACCAAACUGGGCUGA